GCCACGCUCGGAAGACGACGCGAUAACCAAAUCUAUUCCAAUUAAGCUUUCCAUAAUUAUAGUAAAUACACAAUAAACUGUGCAGUGCAAACAAUUACUUAACUUACCGUUUCUGCAUAAUAGCAAUCCUUUAAGAAUACCAUUAAUGCUGAAGAAGUAUGUUUAAAGUAUUAUGUAUACUCUUAUCUCUGCUGGUUCUAUCAAGAAGCCAAAAACAAAGAUGCGACCAGACUCCACCGCAAGCAACUGUAAUUACUCCGUCAGACAAUAUGGGAAUCUAUCGUAUGAGUAUCAGCACCAAAGGGAAUGAUACCAACAUCUACCGACCGGAUCAGACAUACGUUUUGAAAUUAACAACAAACAACGCGACGCGUCCUUUUCGAUGGUUCAUGAUAACGGUAGAGGAUCCAGAGAUGGAUACUAAUCCGGAGUAUGAUCCGAAAUUGGUGGACGUAGGCAGCCUCAAAACAAUUGACACGAACAAGCAGUCCCGAUAUAGUGAGAGAUGCUAUAAUUCUGUAGAAAAUACUGAUAACUCUGAUAAAUAUAAAGUUGAGAUUCACUGGGUAUCACCGAAACAAAAUGCACGAAGACAGACAGUUAGACUUCGCGCUAUGGUGGCAGAGAAUAAAGAAGUUUGGCACGUAGGAGAAAACCUUACCAUCACCUUGGAGAAGGAUGAUCGCCGACCCCUGGAUAGCCCUCCCUAUUCUCCUGAACCAAAUUGUAAUUUGUGCAGUGAGGCACAAUAUGAGGUUAUUUUCAACGGACGCUGGUCGAGAAUGACUCAUCCACGCUACUACCCAAGCAAGCCAGAUGACAAUGGUUAUAGUCAUUUAGUGGGAGCCUCCCAUUCUUUUUCUCACACAAUUUGGCAACCUGGAGAUCAAGCAUCGCCGGGGCUACAAAAAUUGGCAGAGGAAGCGGAUAUAAGUUUAAUUGAAAGGGAAAUUAUUGAUUCUAUGUCGCCUCUAAACGGUACAAGGACCCUGAUAAUAGGGAAACGUCGUUUUCACCCAGAUAUGGGUGAACCAUCCCAUUCUUUAUUUCGUGUGGAUAAUGUUCACCACCUAUUCUCAUUGGUAGUAGCAAUAAAGCCAUCUCCAGAUUGGUUUCUUGGAGCAUACAAAUUUGAACUUUGCACUAACAUUGGAUGGUUGAAGGAAUCUGAGAUUCCACUCUUUCCGUGGGAUGCGGGGACUAUGGAUGGAGUCUCUUAUGAGUCUGUCCCAUCGAUAACUCAGCCGCGUGAUGUCGUGAGUCGCGUGGCUGUGGGUUCAUUCAACAAGGAGUCGCCCUUCUACCAAAUGAAUCUAAACGAGAUGAAACCUUUCGCCUUGUUACAAGUCAGACUCUUAAACGUCUUUCCUUUAGUUGGGGCUGAAUGUUCUCAAGAAGAUUCGGUUUUCACAUGCUCUGAAGUGCAAAAUGAUCAACAGGAAGAACAGAGAGAGAACCUAGAGGUAAAAGAAGAUGAAAAGGAGGAGCCCAUGAUAUCAGAAUUAAAAAUAGCAGAAGAGUGUGUCGCGAGUGAGUGGGGGGAGUGUCUUCUUAAAUACCGUUUAGAAGCUGGCGGUAAUUAACAAAUGUAUAGUGGAAUAAAAUUAUAUGUUAGAAAUAAAUUAAUAAUAUUAUGAAUAGGCACACAACUGUUUACUAUUUACCGAAACAGAAGAAGUUUAAUUCAGGUACUAUGUCACCGUUCUGUGACACCGAAUGCAGUUUUAAUUAUUUACUUCCAGUAUUAAGGUGGAUAGCAAUUAAUACAAAAGACGAAAUGAUGGAAAUUAUGACGCGUUUCGCUUGUGACCUUGAAUGAAUUCUAAAAUUAAUCUCUGUUCAUUUCUAGACACGCGACACGAUCCGUCGUUCGUUUUACCAAUUACAAACAAGUGUUUGUAUUGUUCUACAGAGAUUAUUAUAGAAUUAUAAUUAUUUGUCAAUAAAUACUUAUAAGCCUUACUUAGUUAAAUAAUCUUUCGUCGCGUUAGAGUGAUAAGAAUAGGGGCUUAUAGCAUUUUAUUCAACACGAGGCUAACGGGCAGGAGGCUCACCUGAUGUUCAGUGAUACCUUCGCCUCACUCACAUUGCCAGAAGGCUCGCAAGUGCGUUGCCGGCCUUUUAAGAAUUGCUGGGCACUUUUAUUGAUGAAUCCUUAGUCGAAUUGGUUCGGAAAUACUUCAGAAGACUGCUGGUUCCACAUAGUGGUGCUUCACGGCCAAAAAUGCCUUAAUAAACGCUGGCAGUUGUGGAACGACGGAUGUCGAGGUGAUACGGAUGGUAUUUUGUAUUCUACCUUAACGUCCGAUGAUGAAACUCAGCUGCAGGUAUUAGUCCGAACAACUCCUCUGAACACCCUUCAUGGUAAAUGCGGUAGAAGAUGCAGAUAGACUAUUCGGCUAAGUGGAAGGAGCUGGUACCGGGGAGAUACCACUGAGAGGUGAAAACAGUACACUACUUGUGGGGCCGAAUUUGCGCUUUAUGGAGUUGCAAGCGGUGGCCCGGAGUGAAGUACCGUUUCGCCUUGGAGAGCACACCGAGCUUCUUAGAGGCUAACUUAUCCUUUCCUUCCAAAUGACAGUGAAACUUGUAUCUUCUUUAGAUUAAAUUGGACUACAUUCAGUCUACCCGAAUCCGAGCCCGAGUCUCCACGUAGUAGAGUUUCGACUUCAGACACAAGUUUGUUCCGGUACUCAUCGACAACUGCCCGAGAAAUACCUGCCCGGCCUGUGUAAAGAGUAUCCUCAGUGCUGUCGUCCGUAUAGUAAUGAAUGUUGUUAAAUUGCAAUGUAUCAUUGAUAUGCAGAAUAACAGGGUCCAGGAUAGGAUACCGCUUUGUGGAACCCCAGCGUUCACGGGAACAUGCUCCGUCGAUGACGACCUUGACCCGCAGCCAGAGGUCAGAUAUCAAGUAUCAGCCGGGUAGGAUUUCUAAGUCUAGGUAAGAAAGGCCUCUAAAAAAAAUUGUAUUAAUAUAUUGGGAAGUUAAAGAAAAAAAAAUGGUUCUGACUCCCGAAGUGCAGUUAGAAUUUAGAAAUUAAAAUACUGAAUCAGCAAAGAGUUGUUAUUGCCGCAAAAAUACAGUGAACAUAUGCUAAAUAGCAGCUAUUUUCUGUUUCAAAUGCAAAUCCAAAAAUCAGACGUAAAUUCAAAAGCAGGAAAUUGUUCGAAAUAAUUGACAAUCAAUUGUUGUCCCACGUUAGACCAAAUAUACAACUGUGCAAAAUAGGUUAAAAUAUUCAGCAUUUACGUGUAACGAUGUUUUUAGUAACGUUAGCUUUAUUAGGAACUUAGGCAUACUAAAUGUAGUAUGUAAGUUAGCAAGUUCAGUAUUGAGAUGUUGCUAUAUUUUUGUAUAUGAAUAUUAUCUUGUAUAUAUUUAUUUUUAUUAACGCAUACAGCUGUUUUACAAAUAUAAUUAAGUAUCCAACAAUUUAGC